UUUUCUAAUUCCUUCUUUUUCGGGGCGAUUUUUUAAAUAGAAACUAGUUGCACAGAUGAAGCAAGAUCCACAGAACGGUGAUCUUAAGAAACCAAUCCAUGAGAGGCAAUCGAGAAUAACAGCUCUUAAUGAAAAACAAGCUUUGGGAACCAUUACUGCCGUGCCGAUUAAAGUCCCUCAGGUCAGCUCCUUGCAGAGGUUGGCAGGACAAAGACCAGCAGUGCUACCUCAGGUUAGGCCAAAGACCCUGAUUCCAGAAAGCCUCCCGAUUUCUCCAUGCAGAGACCAACCUUCCAAACAACCUUCAACGUUCCAAAAGGCAACAGUUGUCAGCAUCAAAACCCCCACUCCUGCCCUUCCCACUGCCAAUAAUACUGUUAGCCAUGUGCAGACACCCAACAGCCAAUCACAAAGUGUCAGUGAGCCUACAGCUAUCUCAUCACCCCUGAGCAGUGCCGGUGUGGCCUAUGCCAUCAUCUCCACAUCUCCCAACACUGCAACUCCGAUCAGCACCAGUGCUGCUGUCUCAGUGGUUAAUGACAGCAUUAAAGUACAACCACUCCUCAUCAGUGCUGACAGUAAGGUCAUCAUCAUUCAACCUAAAGUUCAAACUCAAACAGAAAAUAAAGUGGAGAUAAAGAAACCUCCUGAAGAAUCGACUCAGGGACCUCCUGCUACCAAAAAGAAAAAAGAAGAAAAUCCAGAGAAAAUUGCCUUUAUGGUAGCAUUAGGCUUGGUUACAACAGAAUAUUUGGAAGAAAUCCAAAGCAAACGCCAGGAAAGGAAGAGACGAAGCACUGCCAAUCCAGCCUACAGUGGACUCUUGGAAACAGAGCGGAAACGCCUUGCAUCAAAUUAUCUGAAUAAUCCUUUGUUCCUGUCCACAAGAGCCAAUGAGGAUCCAUGUUGGAAGAAUGAGGUCAGUCAUGUGGAUUACUGUUCAGCAUGCAAGCAGGGUGCCAACUUGCAACCCUGUGGAACAUGCCCAAGAGCCUAUCACCUCAACUGCUUGGACCCUCCCUUAAAGACUACCCCUAAAGGAGUCUGGGUAUGCCCCAAGUGCCAAGACAAGGUGUUAAAGAAAGAAGAAAACAUGCCAUGGGCUGGAACUCUGGCUAUUGUUCAAUCCUAUGUUACUCAUAAAACAGUCAAAGAAGAGGAGAAGAGAAAGUUGUUAAAGAGAAGCAGUGAAUUAAGGGGAGAAUACAGGCAGCUUGAAGAAAAAGAACGCCUUCUCAAUAACACAAUGAAGAAGUGCUUAGAGCUAAAAAACAGCUUAUUGGCCCAACAGAAAGGGGUUCAGUCAUCGCUGGAACGCCUCAAAACUCUCAUUAGACUGAUACAGAAUGAGCAGAUGAUUCAGGUUACCAUGACAACCACCACCACCUCCUCCCUGCUAACUGUCCCCUGGAUCAAACCAUCUUCUGCCUCAGCUGCUGCUGUACACAAAGCCUUGCAGCCAACACAGGGUAACAACUGACAGAAGCUGCCUGGAAAAAAAUUGUUUUUCUUUAAAAAGAAAAAAGAAAACAAAAAUGAACACUUAAUACAUGCAGAACCACAUAUAGAAUACAGAUGGAAAUACUGCAACUGCAUCCAGAAGGACAAUGGGGAAAAGACUGUGUUGGUCCUUUCAUAAUUAUAUGAGGAUGUUUGGGAAAAAACCAUCCGGUCCAUUUUGUAGCUCAGUGUCAUAGCUACUUUCCAGAUGUUUGGCUGCAGUUUUCCAUUGCUGAGAUCUUCAGUGCUUAGGAUAUUCUUUUUUCCUUUUCCUUUUUUUAUUGUGUUGGCCUUAAUGUAUUUAAUGAAUGAGAAAAAUGAAGCAGCAUAUGUUGGCCAGUGGGAUUGUGGUGGAACAGCGUAUCCUUGUUGGAGGGCAGAUGGUUUUAAAACGUUCUCCUUUGGAAGGAAAAAAUAGUUUUAAAUACAAAGAAUUAGUAAGCUAGUAUGCAGGGUAGCUGGUAGAAGGAGAGCUGAAAUGGAAAUUGGUGACAUUAAAAAAUCAAAAGUAAAUAGCUUGGAACUCAGCACGGGUUUCCGAUUUUUUAAAAAAUGAACACUGUUGGCAUUGAUUCAGGUUGAACUGAAUACGGGGCUGUUGGAGAAGAAUGACAUUUGUGAGACACUCACAGAGCCUUCAAAAUCAAUUUUUUUCAGUAUUAUAGUUGAGAAUUGCAGAUAUUUAAAUAAAAAUGUAUGAAAUUAGCAUUUCUAGUGAAAUAUUGAAGUAUUUUCAUGCUGAUGCUUCUGUAUAUGCAUUCUAAAGUAUUUAAAGAGGUAUGCCUGUAAAACCCCUUAAUUUUUGCAGGUCUUUUCAAGUUAUUUUGCUAUUGAUGUAUUUUUCUCAUGGAGUUUUUUUGUGCAAGGAUUAACAUAAACCAUAACAGUGACAGUUAUCUUCAGCAGGUUGGAUCUUUAUUGUUUUUGAGGGGGUAGAUUUUUUUUAAAGAAAGAAAGCAAAUAAUAUUUGUUGCUGUUUUUUUUCCUGUCAAGACAGUACAAAUGAAAUGCCAAAAAUUUACAUUUUUGUACUGCAUUUUUAUUGUAAAGUAAGGAAUAUGAAAAUUUGUUUCUUUCUUUCUUUUCCUUUCUUUUCCUUGCAGAAUUAUCUGCUAUGUAGUACAGGAAAUAAACUGCCUCAACUUUUUUUAAAAAUUAUUGGAUAAAUCAGGAGUUUUGAGGGAAAGAUGGGCUGGCAAAUUCUGAGUUAGUUAGUUCAAAAAUGCAGCACUUAAUUUUGUUCAGUUUAACCAAACAUGAAACAUUUAGCAUUAUUAGCCUUAGAAAAUGCUAGGAAACCUGUUUUAUUUCAUUUUUUUUCUGUAGCUAGUCUUCCUGAUGCAACAACAGUCACUCUGACCCGGUCAUAGGCAAGAAGCCUAUGCUAAAACCCUGAGGCCUACCUCAGAAGUUAGUGAUGGGCAAAAGAGUUUCUAUUCAGGAUUGCUUUGCCAUUCUCUGAUUCUGUUUUCUUCCCUGGUACAAGAAGAACACCAUCAAGAAGAAGCACCAUUUAAAAUUACAGGGGUUGGAGAAGAGGUUUAACACAAGAUUUAAAGAUUUGGUCUUAGAUCUAGUAAAAAUUGAGAGUGCAGGCCUAUAUGUGUCUACAGAAAAGUAAGUACUCUCCUUACUACCAGGUAAGUGUGUGUAGGGUCACAAAUUAUUUUAACAGUAUUUGUUCAGCCUAAUUCUUUAGUAGUUUACAAGUAUAUCAGCUUUAGCCACACUAACAUGUUUUGUUGCUUUAAGCAAAGGGAUUUGUGCCUUUGGCAUGCAUAACUAAAACACAGACCCAUUUAAUUCUUUAAUUCAGCCUGUUAAACCAUUAAAUUAGCCAGAAACAGAAGUGCUCCUGAGAAGUAAUCAUGCAUGAUGAAAAGGCAAGGAAGGGCAAGGAGUAUAAGAUAACCCUUAUUUCUCUCCCUAAAUGACACUCCUGUAUUUACAUGGGUCAAAACCAAGAACCUAUUUCUAUAUGCCACAUUAGUCUAUCACAUGGUGCCGAAACAUCAAAGGCUUUGACCUUUUGAUUGACUGCGAGUUGCCCAUCACUAGGCAGCACAUAAUCCUUUGAACCAUUUUCACAACUCCGGGAGAAACUGUGCAGUACUAUACAAAUCUAUUUUAAUACACUUAACACUCUGUUGAACAAGAUUUUUAUAUUCUUUUAUCAAUGAACAAAAGUGAACUAAGUAAAAUACAGUUGUGAUACAUUGGUUAUUGUACGCCAAUUUAUGCAUUCAAAUGUGGCUUGCAAUGUAAAUGUUUUCAGGUUUAAUGGUUCUUUUUCUCCUCAAAUGGGUUUAAAAAGGAAAGGGAAAAGCACAGAAAGCUAGUUUAAUAUUAAAGCUUUCUGAAGAGGUGUUUUUCUGGGACUGGUAAAAAGUAGUUAUUUUCGGAAAAGAGACUGUCCCGUGGAUAGUGUGCAUAGAAAUCAAAGUGUUUGUCUUAAAUAUACCAAUGUAGUUUACUUCUUUAUGAUGAAUUAAACUUGAU